AACGGUUCCACGUUCCAAUGUUUACCCAACACACCUCGCUUUUCCAGUUGGCUUGAGCCUUCCAGUCAUGAUCUGUUCUAUAUGAAUACCUACCUACAGCAGCAGGGAAACGAGCUAUUUAUCAUGCGAGUUGCAGUGUUUCCGAGUAGCGACGGUCGCCAAUGUGUCUGCAGGUCACUUUACGAUAGCGUCACUUUGGGCCACGAACUCUGGAAAGCUUCACGGUGCGUGGAAGCCAGCACACGGCCCGUCUACGGUUAGGUGAAGGGACCUGCGUACUACAAGAACGUUCGUCUUGCUAUUGAGAACAUUGAGAGCCGGGACCGUCUUCGAAAAAUGCAAGCGCUCGAGCACAAUCUGACAGGUUUCUUUUUUUGCCUGACGGGCAUGGCCAAGCAGAGAAAUGGUGCAAACCUCGUCCGCCGAUGAAGUGCACGUACAUAGCAGUGUCGCAGAAGCCUCCUCGCAUGCGAAACGGAACUACCUGUAACGUAUGUGUGUCCAGGAAGUACCAGAAGUGACGUCUUUUGGUGCGUGUCACAAGCAGUCCACAUCCCGGAUGGUGUUGCCGAGUGACUAUUCGCGUUACGCUGCGUGCCUAGAGUGUACAGAUCCUUUCAGUGCCUAGCGCCUGCCUGCUACUUAAGUGUGACCGGUCAGUUUCAGUCUUUACGCAAACGGUAUACAGCAACCACAGCAGUUUUACAUCCAUGAAAAGUUGGAUGCCCUACCGGGAUUUCACCCAUUCGCGGCAGAAUGCCUGGGCAGCAGAUGCCGCCCCUGGGUAUUCGUCUGCUCAAAAUUCGCGCGUCGCAAAUCCCAAGUCCACCUGCACUGACCUAGAUCAUUCUCGGAGAACCACAGGCAUCUGCAGAAUUCAGAAAACAGCCGAAGGUUCACAGAUCCAGUGCGGUCAACUCGCGACGUGAAGAUGCCGUUUGCGAACGGCGUACUCCACCUUCGUUGCCCCCAAGUGCCGCCCACGCUGUGGCCAGUCGCGAGAAGCCCAGCGUAUUGAAUUGCGACGCACAAGACAGACCUGCCAGGAGCGGCAGCGAUUCGAUUUGAGUCGAAGAAGGUCGCAGGGGAACGACUCGAGGUUGUAUCCGUUCCACGGCCUUUUCACGAUGCAAAAGAGGCAGCCAGCUGGUGAUAUCUACCGGAGUCAGCGGCAGGAGCUGCAGCCACGCGUCGCUGCCGGCCUGGGCAGCACUGUCAGUGGCAGGACGGAAGAAGGGGCCUGCUGCGGAGGCGGCCGUGCGUGGGAUGGGGGACAGGGGAUGAACCAGGACCGCCUGAAGAGCGUGGACGCCUGCACCACUAAAACUCCUUUUGGCACGGGGGAUGAACAGGUGACCCUGAGGACGCCACGCACUGGGAGCGGACGAUGGCCCUCCCUCAUUUUGGAGGUGUCUGCCUCCGAGACGCGACCCACCACAACGACCGUGGGCGCGGUGUCAACUGGAUCGGUCACAGUUUCGAGCGGAGGAGGCGUGCAAAGAUCUCUCCGACGCUUGUUGCCCCGUACGACUCAAGGUCCUUCCCCCUCUGCACCGGUUGCCGUUGUCUUCCAGACGCCUCUGUCUGGACAGCUGACCCCGACGGCGCCAACAGCAACCCUCGGCAUUGCCUCAGCUCUCGUUCCUGGCGGCCUCCGGAGUAGUACCCCUCAGAUACUCUCGGGGCCCACCAGUCCGUCGGUCCUCCCAGUCCUGUCCGUCGCAGCUCCAGGUCACCCGCCAGCGCGUGCAGGUGCUCAACCGGUUCUCGUGGUGACUACGGCGCAGGCUUCCACAGGUCCGCAGCCGCCGCAGAUGCUCGUCGUGACACACCCCAGUGGAGGACAGCCCCCUUCGAGUUACACCGUGCCGACAUAUGUUGUUAGCCAAGGCGGUAACGGCUUCGGUGCUGGCUGCGAUGGCUCUCCUGUUGGCUGUUUUCCGCCAGUGAGGCAGCUGCUGCUUGAGCGGCCGCCUCGACCCCAAGUGUCUCCGCCACGAGUCACGUCAAUGCCAUCGUCAAUUUCCUUUCAAGGGAGUCCUACGCAGCAGCCGCAGUCAACUCCGUCUCGAGGGAGUCCUACGCAGCAGCCGCAGUCAACUCCGUUUCGAGGGAGUCCUACGCAGCAGCCGCAGUCGCCUCCGUCUCGAGGGAGCCCUACGCAGCAGCCGCAGUCGCCUCCGUCUCGAGGGAGUCCUACGCAGCAGCCACAGUCGCCUCCGUUUCGAGGGAGCCCUACGCAGCAGCCGCAAUCGCCUCCGUCUCGAGGGAGUCCUACGCAGCAGCCACAGUCGCCUCCGUUUCGAGGGAGUCCUACGCAGCAGCCACAGUCGCCUCCGUCUCGAGGGAGUCCUACGCAGCAGCCGCAGUCCGAAAACAUGCAUUUCGGUGUCUCGACACCACUACAUGUGGCACAGAGCAAGGGAAGCCCGAGAUUGCCCCCGUCUCAAGAGGUAGGUCGGCUUCAGCGAAUGCGAAGGCGUUCAUCGCCAUCAUAUUCCGACCGCCCGGGUUCCUCGUUGUCGCCACCUUUAGGUCUCAUGCGCAUUUUUAUGGAUGUUCUACUCGGGAACCUCGAGAGGAGUCUGGGCCUGCCUUCCCCGCCACUGGGACCUCAAUGGCGUCCAUUUCCCCGGACUUCCACGUCAGGUGCCACUGGAGCUGCAGGUCCGUCCGAGGCUGCAAGUUCUUCUGGAGUUUCACAUCCUUCUGGAGCGACAAGUUCCGAAGUUUCAGGUUCUUCUGGAGCUCCGGGUCCUUUAAGGGCUGAGCUCGAGCCGUCUGAGGUCGUGGCAGGGAGAUCGGGAGCGAUGGCCACAUCGAGUAAAGAAAGUACACCGAGUCCGUCUGGAUGUGGAUCGCCGUGCUCUUCUGCGUACGCGGUUGCGCCAGACUCUAGGUCAGCCGACUCUCCAAGGGAGGUGGACAGACCAGUCGCGUUUCUGAAGCGGAAGUUGCGGAGAUCAUGGGGGGAGGAGGAGGAUGGGAAAAGCGGGUCUGACUCCGACGGUUCUUCGAACAAACCGACUUGGAAGCACAAGAAGUUCAGGCGAGGAAGCCCCCGAAACGAUGACGAUGGGUCUCAGGGCGGAGCGAGUGACGUGUGAGGUCACAGGCACGCCAGGGGCGUGUGGGACUUAGCAGAUUUCAAGGUUUGUAUGGUUCUUUUGGCUUCUUCGUAAGUGGAACGAUUGGAAGAGGGUGAUGAAGGUGACUAUGUGCAUUUUCGACGCGAGCUGCAUACUUCCAGUGUCUUGUUCUCUUGCAUGCGUGGUGUAUGCGUGCGGCGGAGUCUCGCGGUGCUGCAGUGGGUCACUUGCACCGAGUGAGUGUUUAGCCACCUCUUGAUUCGAGCAUCACUUUGUCGUGGUUUGUGCGCCCAGUCCGAAAAGUCCGUGCACGGUUGCAUGGAGGGGUGCCCGGUUCACCUGGGAGAAUGGCAACGGUGGUUUUGUAUUGGCUGAACAUUUCCUUGUUUCGGAGGACACCAGAGUGGAUUCCGGUUCAUUCCCGGUCCUCUGCUUGUUCCCUAUCCAGUGUGUGACAGAAAUAAUGUUUCUGUGUCUACAAGGUCACGAACGUGCUCUGAAGCUGUUUCCAGAGUCGUACCAAGGGUAACUGGCUAUUCGCCGGGAGUCCUCCAGUCGCUGAUGAACCCAUCGUCCGGUGGUCGCCUGGGUGACUAGAGAACACCCCACUCGACGAGAGUUCGACGCUGUGUUUUAUUCUCGCUGUCUUUUUCCCAGCGUGCAAGUUUCCCAAACGAAAUGGUAAUGCGGAUUUCGUUUUGUCGGAUCUUACAGUUGUGUGAAGGUUGCUUGUUGGGUUUCAGGCGGUGAAUGGAUAUCAACUAUGAUGUCGAGUCGUGGGGGUGGAUUGGACCUACUUUGGUCUAUGCUUUUGUAGUGGUGUUUGUCGCUCUCCAGGCGUAUGCAUGGUUCGGUUUUUUGGUUUUUCCACGAGUUACCAAAUGACCGCAUGCGUCCGCGUGUGUGCCCUGCUUUCUAUUUGCUUCCUGAUCCACUUUGGGAGUUGCAGAGACAACGGCAAAGAUCCUCUCUUGUGUGUAUACCGCGAUGCAGGACGCGCCAGGUUUUCUGUGCCACUGUUUUGUCGUUAACUGUUUUGGUCACCUAUUCACUUUAGCGCGAGGAUGAGAAUGUCAGUGGCUCAAUCAGCUUGUUUUCAUUAUAUCACAUUGAUGUUGUUUUCGUUUUCACCCAAGAGAAAUGCGUCUGAAUGCCGUGUAUUACUCUCUGCCGCAGCGCAGAGGCCGGCAUUAGAUGCAGAUUUUGCUUUUGCUGAUAGGUUGAGUGGGUUUUUUUUUGGAGCUGCUAUGGCUGGUGUGCUUCGAGUGUCCCGACGUAUGAUUUCGCUGGUGUGCUUUUAGAUUUUUUUUUGCGAUAGUUAUGUUUCUUUACAACAUCUCCGGCGAUUCAACCAGCACUGGGGGGAAUCGGGGGGGCGUUUGAUUGUCAAUUUAGACAGUCUUUACCUGCGCACUUGACCCUCGUUUGAGGCGCAUCUUCGUGGGGCGUACCCCAUGUGGCUACGGGAGAAUUUGUAGUGCUGGAUGGUUUUUUUUUUCAUAUGUAGGGGUAUUUUAUCUCGAUGAACCCAACCACAUAUGUGUCCUUCGAUGGCAUAUCAACUAGCACUUCGUUCCGGUACUGGAGGGAUUCCUUCUAGUCAUGCUACACGAGAAAAACCAGCUAAAAGCAAUCGUGAACACCAGUGGAGCGGUGACGCUCUGUACUCUAUUUCGACCGAGGGUAGCACCACCACUCAGCAGCGCCUCGGACGACGAAAGGAAUGUUUUGAAAAGUUGAAACAGUAAUGAUGACGUUCAUACCAGACUACACGGUUGACAAGUGUCACAUUUCGACUCACGGUGUAGUAGACGUUUGCAAAACAGGACGCACAAGCCUCCCUAUAAGCUGAAUUAGGGUCGAAUGCGAUGGGGUUACACGUGCCAACAUCGUUCCCCUGGUUCACCCAGUACAAAGAGACGAAAUGCACUCUCGGUGAACUGCUGGUUAGUUUUGGAACUUACGAACCAUGAAAUGUCCUAACGCCAGCACUUUCUCUUACCUUGUUUCCAGCUGAGCUAGGUAGCACGCAAGGUGCCUCGGGCACCACCAUUGGUACGCGUGGAGGUCACUUGGUGACGCAGAAAACGAGUUGCCGUUGUCUCGCGUGCGUCUACCGGUAAAUCAGACCAAGUCCCACACCGGUGUUGCGUCGUCGUUUUUAUCCUAGGGAAGGAAAACAUUCGUCACGCACUAAUCCCUCAAACGAAGGUCUUUCUGUGCGAGCAGGCAUGUUGCCGCUGCAGAAAAUUG